GAUGUAUGAACUAGUGUGAACUCUAGGUCGGUAACAGUGAAUGGUCAAAGUGCUGACAAACAAACCUCCGCUUUCCCGCUUUCGCUUCUCACUUUCAAAUAAGGUAUCGCAGCAGAAUGUUACAGCUUGGAAGCCACUUGGUCCAAAUGUAUAUACCCUGGGGGCCUAGGCAUUCCAGCUCAGGAUGUCCUGUUGGCUCUGGGAGUCCUGGAGCUUCUGUCGAUUCUUCGGGUUGUUUGGGCCUUGAAGACAGCCUAGUGCAGACCACGGAGGAGAAGAUUCCCAGUUUACAAGAAUUUCUCAAACAUGUCCAGAGAGUCAGUGGCCUGAAGAAGGAGGAUGUGUUCUGUAACCUGCGAGUCCCCAACCAGUUUCAGACAGCACGAGAGGAGGUCAGCCUUAUCAUUGUUACAGGUGCAGCAGUGUAUUGCAUAGAUGUGAAACAGUGGGCAGGUAUGGUUUCGGCUCAGGGUCCCAACACAUGGCAGAUCCAGGUGAAGGAGGAGGAGCAGAACUUCACCAACACAUCCAUCCACCAGGUUCCCAACCUCCUACAGGCCAUUGUGACAAAAGCCAGAGACCUGUGCAGCCAUAUGAAGCGAUGUGGAGUGAACCUCAGGCAGUCUCUCUUCCUACCCAGAGUACUCUUCCUCUCUCCACACUGCCAACUUGACAAUGAGCUGAGCAAGAGGAAGGAGUUGGUCUCCCAUAGUGAUGUGGAGGAUUUUGUUCAAUCACUCCAGGAGAGCUAUAUGACAUGGGUGACAGACGCUCUCACGCCAUCAUGGCUAUCAGGUCACCUGUCAUUCAGGCAGCUGGGGGCGGUGCGGCAUGUGCUAGGACAAAUGGGGACUUGGGAUCUGGUGAAGCUGUGCAGCGGUGUUGAGCUGAAGGGGGAUUAUCAGGGCUGCCAACACCUUGCCCUCAGCAGACAGGAAACAGACAUUUUGGAGUUCAGGAGGGGAGGGACCCUCACUACAGACACAUUCUGGUCUCUGCUUGGAUACACACCACAGGUGCUGGUGAAGAUGUAUAAGCGUGGAGCCAAGGGCUGGCUGGGAAAACCACUGUCAGGCACCACCACCAUCCCCUCCAACACACAUGUGGUGUUUCACAUCAGGGGAGAGGACCAAGAUGCCAAGAUACCUGCCAGCAGCAUCCACACCAUCACCCUUAGCAUCUAGAGAUGGAGACAGUGAGAGCAAGAAAGAUAGAAACAUAACAAGGCUCUGUAGACCAUGGGCAGUUUUUACUGCGAUUUAUGAGUUACUAUAAUGAUUUUUUAGGUAAAAGGAUAGACCCUGGGAAAGCAGUCUUAUACCAUUGGCUCAUGCUUUGAAAGCUUGAUCUCAGAUAAGAGAUUGAAUGUUAACCAAGUAUCCAUUUAAAAUCACCAGUACAAAUGAAAUAUAUUAAUGGUUUUUACGAUAAAGAAUUGACACAAAUUAAUUCAGGUAUUGCCCAGUGAGAACCUACUGUAUUGAAAGCAAGAUACAAUAUAUAUUUACAUUUUGAGUGAUUAGUAUCAUAAUCUCUUUGUAUGUAUUUUAUAGAAACAGCUUUUGUUUUGUUUUAAAUGUUUAAGAUGGGUUUGCAUAUUGCAAAAAAUGAUGAUGAUAACAAUGAUGAUAAUGAUAUUCCAUAUACCUCAGACUGUGAGUGCCUUGCAGCAUGUCCAUUUGGUUUAGACAAACAGGUUUCCUCUCCAUGGCAGUUACGUGUAACAGCAGGUAUUUAUCAUGGUGGUAAUUACACACUCUCAACAUGUUGCCAACACCAAAUCCAUUUGUGACCCUCCUCAUUGUUAUCAUACCAAAAGCUCCAGAGCGAUGGCGAAAGAAAACAAUCUAGGUAACAACUGCAACACAAAUGUACUCCUUCAGAGUCCCAUUCAUACAUGAUUUAUGAGAACCUCAUUAGCAUGGUUCAUUGUAUUUUAUUUUGAAUGACAAGUCUAGUGUUGCUAAUUAAUUAGCAUUUGUGUCACUGAACUGAUUUGAGGGGCAUUGGAUGAAUGUGGACUCUGAGGUGAGAUGCACAAAAAUAUUGCCCUGUUGAUGCCACUAAUGGUUGCAGACCUAUGGCCUGUAAAUGUGUAAAGAGGUUGGCGAGUUAUGGCCUGUGCAUGUGUAAGAUGUGGUUGAUUUCUACUCUGAAAAUGACUUUGUUUCAGCACAUUGAAUGUGUCUUUUUGAAGUGGGAUUUUUGGAAAUGGCAACUUUAUUGAAUGUAUGGCAAGUAAAUUAGAUAUUUUACUUUUUCAACCCACCCAGUUAUGUCCAGAAUAUUAAAAAUGGAGACACAUCUUG